AUGGCAAAACGAAUCCCAUCAUCGUUCACCAGCUCAUACAAGAUCCACGAGAGUCUAGCUGUGGAGAACCAGCUCGAGAUUCCAGAAAAGACUAGACAACUUUUGUCACGCUGGAUCACAUGCUUCCUGGUGGUCCAGUUCGAUGUGGAUAUAGGUCCUGAUCUGAAACUGAUUGCACCAAGGGUCAAGUUUUCGGAACAGGACUUUCAUACAAUCUGUUUUUCAUGUUUGCCUGAAAAGACUCCUGUGGAGGGAGAACUAAGAGAAGGUCACGUGUUCAGAUACGACGACGCUGAAGGAACCACUUUAUUUGGAUACACCCUGUUCAGUCAAAGGAAAGACCCAGAAAGUCCAAGAGGAUAUACUCAGGAGAGUCUAGUGAUAAUUUCCGAGCACUACCUGCCCCGAUUAUUCAUCACGUGCCUCGAGACUGUCGUCACAGAGUCCUACCUAAACACAAAUCAGACCAUGGUCGACCGUUACCCGGUUAUUGAAACGGCUAUUGAACUCAUGAGUAAAUGGCCCGAUCCAGGAGUAGAUGGAGACGUGGGCUUCUUUGGGGACGUAAUUAGUCUAAAAUGGGGCACCCACGUCACCCACAAGAACGAACGUGUACAAACGAAUCACGUGACCCAAACAACCCACAUCACAGACACCAUUGUUCCCUUCACUCGGUUUUCUUCUUGGACCCAUCUGCUUCCACUUCUUGCAGACGUUUCUGAUCUGUACACACUGUUCGAGGCCGUGCUACUUCAACGUUAUGUGACCAUCUAUGCCUCUUCACCACACCUCGUGUCUAGUUUGGUCAGCUGUAUGCUCGACAUGGUCUAUCCCAUGGUUUAUCCGUAUGAACAGGUUCGCGAUUACGUGACUAUUCACACGCAAUCGACUGACCCUACAAUCAAGAUCACGGGGCUUACUAAUCCCUUCUUGUUGAAGAAGGAGGCUGCUGACGAUUCGUUGUUAAUCUUGUUGAGCACUUUCAACUUGAACAAGAAACUAAAGCCAAGACAAAAGUACAAAGGUCAGAAAGAGAACAUUCCUAAACCACGUGACCGAUCACGAGAUAUAAAACGGAAGUCUAUCAAUUCUCCACGUGAGUCAUCACGCGAGUCGCCGCGGAACUCGCUUACUAACGGCCGCUCUUCACCCGACUCCAUUCACAAUCCCAAGGUUAGAGACCAGAAACCACGCGAGUCGACUUUCUCUCGUUUACGUAACCAGAUAUCAAUGCCGUCCUUGUCUUCGUGGUACGACUCGUCUCCUCGACAACCAUCACCUCCUGUGCAAUACGAUGAAGAUUAUCAACUUCGUAAUCAGACGAAGAAAUGUGCACCCAAGUAUCUCGUUCCUGAUAAGAAGUUUCUGGCUGAUAUGGUUGUUCUAUUUAACGACAGUCAGGUGACGGACCAGGUGAUUGACGAGUACAUCACCAACCAUUUCCAGGCGAUUGUGUCUCGUAUUUUCAGUCUGCUGUCUCGCUAUCUUGUUCCUGUGGAUGAUUCAUUCAUCUUCUCGUCCCUGGACUUCUACAAGGAUCUCACCCAUGCUUCUAAAAACACCUACUCUUUGCGGUAUGCUGUUUUUGGUAGAGGCGGUUCUUCUACGCCUGUGAGUUCUGGUGGUCGCAGUGACGAGAUUAAUCUCAUUUGCGAGGAGGAGAUGGGACUCAAGUUCAAUGGCUCUGGAGAUGUCAGCAAAGUGGCCUUCUUCAAGGCACUGGUUCAGACUGAGAUGUUCAACAAUUGGGUAAACAGAGGGUAG